GGAUUUUUAUGGCCACUUUCCUCGUGGAUUAAGCCACACUCGUUGAAAAAGACCUAACUCUCAGUCUACUGAAACAUGUAUAAACUAAAGUCGUUUCGUGUAUUUUUAAAUGAGCGUUUAACGGUGGCUGCUGUGGAGAUUUUCGGGGCAGCUGAGAAAACGGUAGUGGAGUACCAGGAGGAGAAUGAUCGUCUACGGAGACUGCUGCGGAUUACACCGGAGAUAAAACUAUAUAGAAUAGACCUGCAGCUCUCUCUUGCUGUCUCUGAAGAGGAGGUUCCCUCUGAGCAGCAGCACUGUGAGCAGGAGUGGAGCCCCAGUCAGGGGCAGCAGGAUCCAGAGCACACACAGAUUAAAGAGGAACAGGAGGAACUCCGGACCAGUCAGGAGGAAGAGCAGCUUAAAGGGCUCUUUGAUACGAAAGAUUCCAUAUUCACUCCUCCUUAUGUGAAAAGUGAACUUGAUCAGGAGGAACCACUUCACAAAGCCAUACUAGCUGAAUACCCAACUCUCAGUCGACUGAAAAUUUCUAAACUAGAGUCGUUUCGUGUGUUUUUAAAUGAGCGUUUAAAGGCAUCUGCUGCUGUGGAGAUUUUCAGAGCAUUUGAGAAAAUGAUUGCGGAGUACCUGGAGGAGAAUGAUCGUCUACGGAGACUGCUGCGAAUCACACCGGAGAUAAAACUAUGUAGAAUAGACUCCCUGAAGCUCUCUCUUGCUGUCUCUGAAGAUGAGGUUCCCCCUGAGCAGCAGCGCUGUGAGCAGCAGUGGAUCCCCAGUCUGCAGCAGGAGGACCCAGAGCCCACACAGAUUAAAAAGGAACAGGAGGAAUUGGGGACCAAUCAGGAGAAAGAGCAGCUCUUUGAUGCCGAAGACUCCAUAUUCCCUCUUUCCUGUGUGAAAAGUGAAUGUGAUCAGGAGGAUCCACUUCAGUGCUUGACUCUUCCCCAAACCCAGACUGUGGAAAACAGAGAGAGUGACACUAAAUCAGUGGAUCUCACACCUUUUGUAACUGUGACUCACAUAAAGGAUUUCAAAAUUCCCUGUGACCCUCCAGAUGAUCAAAACAAUGCCUCCAGCCACAGCUCAGCCGGAAACAGCGACCCAGUAGGACUUGACAGCAGCCCACAAUUGCAUCCUUGCCCACUAUUGGAUCCAAACCUGUCAAUGGGGGAACAUUAUUCCAAACUUAGCAACAUGUCUAGAAAAACUCACCGCUGCCGUGACUGUGGUAAAAAGUUUGCUCUGAAACCUGACUUGCAGAAUCAUUUGACUCUCGCCAAGAAGAGACUCAGCGAAUGUCAGUUUUGCAAAAAACGCUUCAACUCCACUUGUGAACUGAAGACCCAUGUCCGACUCUGUCAAGGUGGCAAACCCUGCACCUGCCCUGUUUGUGGCAAGACCUUCAAAGAAACAAAAUUUCUGUCCAGGCACAUGAGGAUUCACACUGGAGAGAAACCAUUUAGCUGUGUUGACUGCGGUAAAAGCAUCACUCUCAAGCAACUCACAAAUGUGGAAAUUCUGGAGAUUUUUGUCAAUUCUGACAAUGAGUCUGAGUAUGAAACGGAGGAAUCAGAUUCUGACAGUGACUGUAAGGAGCUGCCGCCAAACCUCAUGGGCAUUGAGAACCCUGAAUCUGAGGACCCCUUGACCACCGACAAAGUCCCAGGUCCCUCUGAAGAUGCUGGUGGUGAUGGAGGCACACCAACAGUGGGUGAAGUACUGGAGGUCUGCGGUAGCUGGAAGGCCACCAGCCAUUUCACCCCUCCUGGCCUUGCUGUUGGCUUUGAUGAGUCCCAGUCUGGAGUAAAAAGCCCCUUUUCAUCUCCCUCUGCAGCAGAGUGCUUCAAGCUGUUUCUGACAGAGAAGCUGAUGGGAGACAUAGUGGAGGAGACUAAUCGCUAUGCCUUGGAGCUGCUGGAGAGGAGAGAGCCAGGAGUGAGGGGGAAGCUUGCUAAAUGGGUGACAACCACAAUCAGUGAAAUGUAUACCUUCCUAGUGACAGUCCUUCUCAUGGGAAUAGUGAAGAAGAACUCUCUAAGGGAAUACUGGAGCACGGACCCUAUGUUUGCAACUCCAUUCUUUGCCACUCUCUUUUCCCAAGAUCGCUUCCUAGUCCUGCUGCGAUGCCUGCAUUUCGUCAACAAUGCUACUGCCAACCUAAAUGACCCCUUACACAAAAUAAGAAAUGUUCUUACCAGCCUGACAUCAGCAUUCGGUCAGGUCUUUAUGCCAUACAAGGACUUAUGCAUUGACGAGUACUUGAUGUUAUGGAAGGGUAGGCUGGCAUUCCGUCAAUACAUUCCCUCCAAAAGGCACAGGUUUGGGGUGAAGUUCUUUUUUUUGUGCGACGUGAAGACAGGAUUUGUCCAGGACAUUAUAGUUUACACAGGGUCCACCACUGACGUCCAACAUUAUGAAGGGCUUGGGGUGUCCGGGUCCGUGGUGAUGACCAUGCUGGCUCCUCAUCUCGGGAGGGGUCACACUUUGUAUGUGGACAAUUGGUACAGCAGUCCCACACUCUUCCAGCAUCUGUUCUCCAACAGCACAGGGGCCUGUGGCACAGUCCAAUCAAACAGGAAGGGGAUGCCGUCAUUUGGAAGCAGGAAGAUGCAGAGGGGAGAGGUGGAGUUCAAGGAGAACGGUCAACAGCUGGCAGUAAAGUGGCAUGACAAACGAGACGUACAUGUUCUUUCCACUGUCCAUACAGCAACCAUGUCACCCACAGGGAAGGUUGACCACCUGACAGGUGAGCGGAAGAUCAAACCAGACUGUGUGCUUGACUAUAACCGCAAAAUGGGGGCAGUGAAUAAGGCAGACAUGAUAAACCGCUUUGUGGCAUGCGCCUGGAAAACCACCAAGUGGUAUAAGAAGAUAUUUUUCCAUCUGAUCGACACUGCUGUCCUCAAUGGCCACAUAGUUCACCGCCAGCUAUCAGGUGAGGUGAUUACCUACCAAAAGUACAGAGAGAACCUCAUGAGAGAGCUGCUGGAGGAGCACCACACCCCUCGGCGUCCACCCACUGGGGGCCGUCCUGCUGCGGACAAUCCCUUACGCCUCAAUGCACGGCAUUUUCCCUCAAAAGUCCCUCAAACUGCUGCACAAGGUAGUCGCACACGGAGGCACUGCAAAGUCUGCCUUUCCAGCACCAGGAGAAGGAAGCAGAGGAAGUUGACAAAGUACAUGUGUGUACCUUGCGACAUACCCCUGUGUGUUGCGCCGUGCUUUGGGGAGUACCAUACGCUCAAGCACUAUUGAGCACAUCUGCAGAAAUUACUGACUGACUGAAUUGAAAGGUGACCUGCCAUGAUACAAUGACUUUAGGGGUGGGGAUGCAGUUUUUGUUCAACCGCUACGUGAAUAUUGAAAUAUGGGCUAGGCAUGUUUGUAAUGAAAUGACAGUUGUCAUUGUCUUUUCUUUAAAAAAACUCCUCCAGUAAAACUGUAAAGAAGUGUACGUUCAAAGAGUAUGUUGUUAGAAUACAAAAGCUGGCCUCAAUCUUCGGAAACAGAUGUCAGCAACUCCAGUUCCAGUUAUGAUGUUGGCAAAUUACGUUCAAUAUUGUUUGUUUCUGAAAGUAAAGAAUAUAGAUGAGUGAUUAGUAAUUACAAUAGAAUAUCAGGAAUUAGCAAUAAAACAACAUUACAAUGAAGUAACAUUACACUGCUAUAAGAAUAUUAAGUUGCAUUUACAACAUGACAUGUAUAAAUGCACCAGUAACUGAAUAGCUCCACAAGGGGGCAGGGCAGAGCUAUGUUUAACAGGCUAAAUAAAUACACAGGCUUGAUCAUGAGGGCAGCUUCAAAAGGAUACAACACAAGCUUAUACUUCUCUGACAUGAUUAGCAGUUUUUUACAGAACUAAUGGAAGAAUGUACAUAAGCACAAUUCAGUAUAACACCAUAAAGGUUAUGCAAUUAGUACCUCGCAUGUCUGCAGUUAUAAAGGAAUAGACAGAAUACAUAUUGCUCCAUACAUGCAUAUCUUGUGCUACAGUUGAAAUUAGUUAAAACGAUAAUACAGAAACUAUUAUGCUAAGGUAAAUAACGCACACGUGUACAAAGUAAUUAUUAUUAAAGAAAACAACAUCGAAGGCAAUGCGGGUGCCAGCGGCAAAACCUGCCAGGGGGAAAACGUUUGGGCAGGUUUUGUUCUGACUGGAGAUGCACAAAUGUCUGCAUUCUUGACCUUGGCAAACCCUGGGGGACUGCUUGGGCUCUCAUCCAAGAGAGAAGUUGUCUGGCUCAUUUAAACUUUAGCAUAGCAUGUCUCAAAUGUAAAUUUCCCGCGACAGUGAAAUGGGCUAGCAACUUCUGUGUAAUAAUGAGGCGGAAUGCACCUAAUUUCAGAGUGACAUUUGAAGAUAAUUUGAAAUUGACAAAUUGAAACAGCCUAUAGAUCAUUAGCACGCAGUGUGCUGUGCUUUGAAGGCAGCAGGGGUUAACUGUCCUGUUGUGUAACAAUCACAUUUUGGUACAGAGAGCGCAUUCUGACAUCACAAGCAUAAAAACAGACAUUUGGAACUCCGGUGUGAAAAGGUAAAACAUUUAUACUUUCCAGAAAAUCUAUCCUUCUGUCUAAGAGUAUUUUUCAUCCAUUUUGACCCUAUGGUACUCAUUCAUGAUAUUGUUUGAAAUUGAACCUUUUGGGAAGUAAUUAUAUACAGUGGAGUCGUAAGUGCAAACUGUUUAAUGAGAUAUUCCAGAGGCUUGAAAACGAUCUCAUUUUUUUUUUUAACCUCCCGUUUUGGACUUGACGUGUCAAUGUAUGGCUCAUACAUGCAUAAUAAACAAUCUACCUGACA